GAGUCUGUGGAUAUGGGAUAGGAGCUAGGAUAGGAUGUCAACAAUACAGCUAGACUAGAUGCUAUACACUUAUAUUGUACAGAGGAUGAACUGGUUACCUAGACUGACUCUACUGUGUGUACUAUGUACAGGAGCUGGUUGUGAAGCAUCCUCUCAAACCUUUGCUGGUUAUCUUUUUAGUGCUUUCCAAAGUGCUGACAAUUUAACAAUCUCAGCAGCUGCUGUGAGCCCCUCAGGCAAUACCACCACCUACACUGAUGUUGUGUUCCCAAGUGUACAGCUACCAUCUCAGACAUGUGGGGAUCGAAAUGGGCGUUGUGAUGUCAGUGUUUUUACUAUUGAUGGAAGUACUAGAGUUGCCGUUUUAGUGGCUGUUGGAAAUGGAACUAUUGUUGCUUUAUUUGACAGACUGAACAAUGGAUUGUAUUUAUCGACCAGCAUUUUUUUUCUUGCCUGGCAUAACUUGUUCACUUACAACGUUCGUUCAAGACGACAUAUUUUUGUAUGGUUUAUGCUAUGAAUUCACGAGCAAUGAUGGUGUAGUAUUGUUGGAUGUGUAUAGGAUGGUGUUGAACUUUGAUCAACUGGAACUCUCAAGCUUUGAUGUCUAUAUUGCUCCAAGAAGUACUAAUUAUGAUUUUUACAUUUCUCGAGGUUUUAUCUCUUCUUGUACUGGGUUCACCAAUGUCUACUGGUUUGGAAAUGCAUUUUUCUACUAUCUCAGAGUUGACAUCAGUGACUCCUCAAUCAACGACCAAGAUAUUAGUUUGAGUGAUCCUGCUAUUGAACAAUGCUUUGAUAAUGGAACCCACCAAGUAGUGAUAUUUAAAGACAGCUCUCUAUUGGCCUACUGCAAUAAUAACAUAACUGUUGAAGUAGAUUUCUGUCAAAGAAGUGAACCUGUAGUGACAAGAACUAGAUUCUACUGUUCUGGAAGCAGGGACACAUAUCUUGAAGUUAGUGAUAAUUUGAUCAUGAAUUCAUCAGUGGAUUAUGCGAUUCCCUUCCCUUUGGAUUCGUCUGUACCGUAUGUGGGUGACUGUGUGGAAAUAAGAGGACUACUUUUCUUUGUUGGAUCGUCUACUAAUGGCCUCACUGUGCUUACCAAUGUACUGGGAAACCUUACCACUAUUCUAGCCACAGACGCUCAAGUCAAUCAUCAAGUGAUUGAUAAUCGGUUUAUACUGUACAGUAACUCCACCUCCUCCGCUCUAUUGGACCUGUCUUGUUCGGAUCCAUCCACCCCAAUUCAUGUCAGUAAUGUUUCGUUUGAGUUAUCGGCUUUCUUUCCAAACUCUGAAUUCUCGUGCUUCACUGAUCAACCAACUCAACCACCCUCCACUACCGCUACUGUUUCCAUGGUAACCACUGCUGCUGAUAGUACCACUGUAGAACCACCAACCAAUGCUACAACUAUGAUCCCAGAAUCAACAACCAAUGCUAUUACUACCCCAGAACCAACAACCAAUGCUCCAGAACCAAUAACCAAUGCUACUACUACCCCAGAACCAAUAACCAAUGCUACUACUACCCCAGAACCAACAACCAAUGCUACUACUACCCCAGAACCAACAACCAAUGCUACUACUACCCCAGAACCAAUAACCAAUGCUACUACUACCCCAGAACCAACAACCAAUGCUACUACUACCCCAGAACCAAUAACCAAUGCUACUACUACCCCAGAACCAACAACCAAUGCUACUACUACCCCAGAACCAAUAACCAAUGCUACUACUACCCCAGAACCAAUAACCGGCCCUUUCACGACUAUAAAUAACAGUGCUACCAACCUCUAUACCAUCAUCGUUAUGCCAACGACUAGUUCGCCGAAGACUGUUGACUCCACAGGUCUCACUACUGGAGCGCUGGCUGGGAUUUUAAUUGGAAUUGGACUUUUACUGACAUUGAUAUUGUUGCUUGUAUUUUGUGUCUGUUUUUCGAUUGUGAAACGCAAAAGAAAGAGCUAUGACAUUAAUGAGAUUGAGCUUACAAAUCCAGAACCCUUUCUUAAGUCACAAUCUGCCAGCCUCUCACAUCGCAAUGAAGAGCUACCAUUGACACCAUCUGUAAUUACUUCAGAUCAUCAAGGAUCACUAGCACAAUCUCAGCUGCCGACGCUGUUAACUAACCCACCACCCUCACCUGAUAGCGAACUCACUCCAAAUGUACCACCACCUGUCUUUGCAUCUCGUUGUCCGCCAUAUACAAGCGUCGAUGUUCCAAUUCCAACCCCACCCACUGACAGCAAUACGACCACACAAUCAGACUUGGCAAGUCAAGAAUCUCAAGAAAAUGCGAGCUCUAGAGACACGGAAGCUGUUCAACCAACAGACAAGUUAACGCCAUCUGAAGUGCCAGCAAUCCCCUUAGAGGAACCUCAGACUCAGUACACAAAUGUCAAUCUAACAUCUACUCCAUCCCCUACAACAGAGCCAGCUGAACAUUUAAUGGACGCUGUUGCUGUACAAGACAAAGAAGAGAAUAAAGCUACUAUUCUGACGUCAGACACACCGCUACCAACCACAAACUGGAGUAAAGAAGUUCGUAAUAUUGAAACUGAAAGAAGCGUUCAAGAAAUACCUUGUAAUGCCGAUCCUCCUCAUCAUGCUUCUCGGUCCUCACCCACUAUUUCUGAAGGGAGUGAUGGAGCGGACACCUUUGUUCCUGUUCAAGCAUCCGAAGAAACUCCAAACAAUGGACCAGAAAUGAAUUGCUCAACUGUGACAGGCCAUGCGAACCUAAUUCCAUCCAAUAACAUUCACUCUGACGAACACGCAGCCACCUUACAAAAGAGAGACAGGAAAGUGGAUGAAUACAAAGCUGAGAAGAUGAAGAGUGCCACAUCUAACCAACACAUACCACCACCUCAGACCAAAGAAAGGCCUGAACGUACCACUACUGAGGAACUUAACACCACUGAGGAACGUACCACUACUGAGGAACGUACCUCUGUUGAUGAUUCUGCAGAGCCAUCUAUUUAUUCUCCUGACCCACCAAGUAGCGAACUAAACAAUGACGACGCUAUACAGCAUCUCUCUGGUGAAGUAGAAUGCCGACCAGAAAUGCCCAAACUCGAUUGUGUCGUGGAAAUCGAUCAGCCUAAAGAAAAAGAUGAACACGAUGAUAACAAUUAUAGUAGAUCCAGUGAUGAAGAUUUAUAGGGACUCGUAGCGACUCGUAGUUUUUUAAUUUUCCAAUUUUUUUUAUUCAGGUAAAAACCAUUAGUCAAACUUUUUUAUUCAA